AUGGCCUGGGCUCUGAAACUUCCCCUGGCGGACGAGGUCAUAGAAUCCGGACUGGUGCAGGACUUCGAUGCCAGCUUGUCUGGGAUUGGGCAGGAGCUGGGUGCUGGCGCCUACAGUAUGAGUGAUGUUCUUGCCCUGCCUAUUUUCAAGCAAGAAGAAUCCAGUUUGCCUCCUGAAAAUGAAAACAAGAUUCUGCCUUUUCAGUAUGUGUUGUGUACAGCUACCUCCCCCGCUGUGAAGCUUCAUGAAGAGACCCUCACCUAUCUUAAUCAAGGUCAGUCUUAUGAAAUCAGGAUGUUGGACAAUAGAAAGCUAGGAGAACUACCAGAAUUAAAUGGCAAAUUAGUUAAGAGCAUCUUUCGGGUGGUAUUCCAUGACCGGCGUCUGCAGUACACAGAGCACCAGCAGCUGGAAGGCUGGAGAUGGAACAGACCUGGAGACAGAAUACUUGACAUUGAUGUUCCAAUGUCUGUGGGUAUAAUUGACCCACGAGCAAAUCCAACACAGCUUAAUACUGUUGAAUUUCUCUGGGAUCCUUCGAAGAGGACAUCUGUGUUUAUCCAAGUACACUGUAUUAGUACAGAAUUUACCAUGAGGAAGCAUGAGGGGGUGAGAAAGGUGUACCCUUCCGAAUCCAGAUAGAUACCUUCAAAGAGAAUGACAAUGGAGAGUACACAGAACACCUGCAUUCAGCCAGCUGUCAGAUUAAAGUCUUCAAGCCAAAAGGAGCGGAUCGGAAACAGAAAACUGACCGAGAAAAGAUGGAAAAAAGAACCCCACAAGAGAAAGAAAAAUAUCAACCAUCUUAUGAAACGACUAUCCUCACAGAGUGUUCUCCAUGGCCAGAAAUCUCAUAUGUGUCAAAUGCUCCUUCUCCAGGAUUUAACACUUCACAUAACAGUUUUACCAUUGGGGAAAGUAAUGGUUCUCCAAAUCAUCAGCCAGAGCCCCCAGCACCAAUCGUUGAUGUAAGUUCAGCAAUGACACCCAUACAGAACCUCUUGCCUACAUCAACCCCUCAGGAGGCACAACAGUGGCUACAUAGAAAUAGAUUUGCUGCAUUCUCGCGGCUAUUCUCAAAUUUCUCAGGUGCAGAUUUAUUAAAACUAACUAGAGAUGAUGUUAUCCAGAUCUGUGGGCCUGCUGAUGGCAUACGGCUCUUCAAUGCGCUGAAAGGGAGGGUGGUACGGCCGAGGCUUACGAUUUAUGUUUGUCAGGAGUCUCAACAACUGCGUGAACAUCAGCAGCAAAAACAUGAAAACGGAGAGCAAGGAAAUGGUGCUUUCUAUGUGUAUCAUGCCAUUUACCUGGAGGAGCUCACAUCUCUGGAAUUAACGGAGAAGAUAGCCCAGCUGUUUAACAUUUCUCCUCAUCAGAUUAACCAGGUUUACAAACAGGGCCCCACAGGCAUUCAUGUUCUGAUAAGUGAUGAGGUAAUAUGAUUUACAGUUUUGCAUUUUAAGAUUGUUUAUUGAUACUUUAUUUUGAGAAACAUACUUGCAGUCUGAAAAUGGAUCACUGAUUGUGCUACAAAUAA